AUGACCCCACUCACCCGAGAUCCGCGCAGCUGCUUUGAAAACCCGCGGCCACCGCCGCUGCUGGAUCGUGCCAGGUCUGCGAAAAGUUCCUGGGGCAGAGGCAGCUGGAACGCUUCUCUAGGCGCCCUGGGGACGGCGGGCUCCAGCAGCGGGAUGCGAGCCCUGGCCCUCGGACCUCGACAGUCAACGUGCGGGGUAGCUCGGCGCGGCGGGCAGGCGGGAGCGCGCAGCAGUGGCCGGCACGCGCAGUUCCGCACCCGGCUCUCCGCGCUCCGGUGGCUGUGGAAUGCACGGCCGCCAGGGACCGCCCCGGAACGCCAGGGGCCCGGCAGCGGCCCCUCCCCGCCCCGCAGGAGGCGGCACUGGAAACAAGAAACUGAGGCUUGGUUCCCGAGAGUGCAGCUUGUCACGCGCACGGCUUGUGACCUUAGCAGUCACUUCUGCUGA